AUUCCCAAUUGGUUCUGGUAAUAAGGUGCGGCAUAAUCAAUUUAGUUGAGUAUUCUUACCCGAGACUAAUCCCAGAAGCCCACGAGGUUUUCAGGCUAAACGUGAUCCCCUGUAUAGAUGCAGAGAGGUAAUGAAAGGUUCCCGUAAUCAGAAGUAUAUAAGUAGCAAGUCAUCAUCUCAUAAAGUGAAGACGACGAGAUCCUCAACUGUACCAAGUUUAUCAUCAUGUUGCCCUCCUUUCUUCUCACAGCUGCCACCCUAUUCACAGGGGCCUUCACAGCGCCCUCGGGGUUCCUCCCUCAAAUUGGAGACCUCUUCCAUGGAGGUAACAGCAAUGCCAUCCAGACUCGACAAGGUGGUUACUUCUGGUCUUCCUGGUCGGAGGGUGGCGGUACAUUUCAGUGCAACAACGGUGGCGGCAGUGCGUACAGCGUAACUUGGCAAAGCAGCGGUGGCUCAAGCGGCUUCGUCUGUGGAAAGGGAUGGAGCCCGGGGGGCAACAGAGCCGUCACAUACUCCGGCACAUACGAGCCCAAGGGACCGAGCUACCUGGCCGUAUACGGUUGGACUCGCAACCCACUAAUCGAAUAUUACAUCAUGGAUGCUCAUGGAGAUCUUCUCCCUAAUGAGCCUUGGACUUCCAAGGGCAACUUCACCAUCGAUGAGGGAACCUACGAAGUAUUCACUAGUACCCGUGUGAACAAGCCUUCUAUCAUUGGAACGGCAACCUUUCAGCAGUAUUGGUCCGUCCGCACCGAGCAAAGAGUCGGUGGAACCAUUAGCACCGGAAAGCACUUUGAUGAAUGGGCUAAGCUCGGCCUUAGGCUUGGAGGUCAUGACUACAUGAUUGUCGCGACAGAAGGAUACACUAGUGGAUCUGCUACAAGCAACGGAACCGCUUCUAUCACUCUAGGUUAGGAGAUCGCCGUCCGAUCACUUGUCCAACUUACCUGAAAUUAAGUCGUGCUUUAGCGGUAGGCUCGUA